UCUUUAAACAAAACCAUCGACUUAUCAAGAAGAAGAAGAAGAAGAAAAGUUUUUCUUUUUGAGAAGAUUGUUACUUUCUUGAUCGAUAAUGGCAUCGAAUGAAGCUGGAAGGGCAUUGCCGAAAUUCGGGGAAUGGGAUGUGAAUGAUCCGGCUACAGCGGAUGGAUUCACGGUGAUAUUUAGCAAAGCCGGUGAAGAUAAAAAGACUGGCCGUAGUUCGACGAAGACAAAUUCUCAGAGGAAACAAGACGGUGACAAACCAGCAGUCAAGAAAUGGCUCUGUUUCACUUUUGCUUGAUCUUUUUUUUGUGUGUGUAAAUUUUAAUCCUAAGAGAAUUUAGCUUUGAGCCUUAUGAGCCCUUUGAUAACUUUUAUGUUAGAACAUUUCAUUUCGUUUUAGUCAUCUAAUAAAACAAAUUCUGAGGU